AGCAUAAACAGUCAUCUGACAAUUAACCGAUUCGCGGCGUGCUUGUAACCAGAUCAAUCAACAUUGGUCGAAUGAAAUUCACAACUGGAUGCAAUACUCUACAGUUCUCCUGUUCUCCUGUUUAUCAGUAUCUGAACCACACACACACCAUUCUCAUCCAGCAUGUGGGCAACUAUCCUGCAAACGCCAGUUAUAUAGGCAGGAUGAUAGCAUUCUUGUGCUAUAAAUAGGACAACGUCAGCCAGUCUCCUUCUUGGUGCGUCAUCCAAAUCAAGGUCAUUUUCAACAACAUAACCAAGUUAGUUUCACUUGUCAGGAGACUGGAAAACCCAUUCCAACUAAACUAUUUCUCUGGCCGUAUAAAUCCCACCUCGCACCAGUAUAGCGUUCAUUCAUUGAUCAACCUCUGCCUUGUCCCAUGCAGAUUGAAGAAUUCAUAAUUGUUUACUUGCUGGGAUACACAAAGUCAUGGAUGACGAAUGGACGUGCGUAACAUGCACAUUCAUCAACAGUGGCGACCUGCAGAACUGCAAGGCAUGUUACACGGCAAAGCCACGACGGGAACCUGGACUGCCUAAUGUUUUCAAUCAAGAACCAAUGGGUUAUUAUCAAGCACAACCCGAAAAAGGGGGGUCAUAUGGGUGGUCAACAGACCUCUGCCCGACCAAUGAGAGGAGAAUAGUUUUCCUUGGCAGAACAGGGUCAGGGAAGAGCGCCACCGGCAAUAACAUUUUGGGGGACAUAGUAUUCGAAUCAAGUGCCUGUGGGUCAUCUGUAACCAAAAGGUGCCAGAGAGGGAGAGGGAGCAGAUUUAACCGGGACAUUCAAAUAAUCGACAGUCCUGGGUUGUUUGACACAGGUAUGACAAAUGCUGACAUCACAAAGGAAGUAGUGAAAUGUAUCGGCAUGACAGCUCCUGGUCCCCAUGCCUUUGUCCUCGUUGUCAGGAUUGACCGUUUUACGAAGGAAGAGCAUGAUACCGUUGAACAUUUCAGGCAGGUCUUCGGGUGUGACAUGUUGAACUACCUCAUUGUUCUGUUCACAAGAAAGGAUGAUCUACAUCAUGAAAAGAAAUCUCUACAAGAGUACUUGAAGAAAGUACCUCAGGAACUGCAAGUUCUACUCAAGUCCUGCAACGACAGAUGUAUUGCCUUCAAUAACAGAGGCAGUGAUGAGGAGAAGAACAAGGAUGUCCAGGACUUCCUCAAACUAGUGGACACGAUGUUCCUUGACAACGGGGGCAAGUGCUACACCAGUGAAAUGUAUGUUGAGGCUGAGAAGAACAUGAAGAUUAGGGAAGAACAGUUGAGACAGAAACAUGAACAGAAGAUCCAGGAAGAGAGAAAUGCAAUCAGGCGAGAUUUCGAGCUGAAACUUCAGAUGAAGCACGAUGAAAACGCGGAUAUGAGGAAACAAUUGGAGGAGAGAAUAAAAACACUGGAAAAAGAGAAAACCGAAGAAGCAGAAAAGAAAACUGAAAAUGAGAUGGCUGCACUUUCAAAGGAAAUGGAAGAACUGAAACUAGCAAUGAAAGGGGUAAAGGAAGAAAAGGAGGAAUCAGAUAGACGGCUGGAGUUGGCGAGCAGGAGGAGUGAACGAGAAGCCAUUAAGAGACUUGAGGCCGAAAGACCAGACUUCCGAGAGGAGACGCGAAAAGAAGUCAAUGAAGAGAAACCCGGUAUAAUGAGCAUGCUUGGAUCAGUGCUGCCUGCGCUCAUUGGGAGUGUCCUUCCGUCUAUCAUACCGGCUGCUGGGAAGCUUUUAAAAGGGCUGUUUAAAAGAUAAAACACCACUCGAAGGCCAACUUGUUUGGAAUGGGCAUUUGUGUUUGUGUUGAUGAGACCAUCACCCGGCCUUUUGUAAACAUUGAUACAAAUGCAAUUCAAGUAGCUCUAUGCAGUGCAAUUGCUUUUAAGGCAAUAACACCAAUGAAAAUAGCUAACAAUUUGUCUAUAUCGCUGUGUGUGAUUACAUGAUACACAUGGGGUUUCGAGAAAGACGUUGUAUCUUAGUUAACACUUGUGUUUCGAUGCAGAUUACACAUUCAGGACAGUACUUUAGACAGUACUUUAGAAUCAUGUACAGGGAGUGACAUAUUUAUGGUUACAAAUAGAAUAUUUAAUCAAUUCAUAAAAUGUUACUUCAUGUGAUGAAUAUACGUCUUAUAUAUGGAUUUGCCUGCGCAUUGUUUGUGUGUUGUUUAACGCCACAUCCAGUGAUAUUCCAUCAACAAUCAGUGAUAUUCCAUCAACAAUCAGUGAUAUUCCAUCAACAAUCACCCCGUGAAUAUCCCGGGUAGCAUAGGUCUUCAGCAACCCAUGAUGCUUGCCGUAAGAGGCGACUGACGGUAUCGGGUUGUCAGACUCGCUGACGUGGUUGAUGCAUGUCAUUGAUCCCAAUUACGUGGAUCGAUGCGUAUGAUAUUAAUCACUGGAUUGUCUGGUCCAUACUCGAUUAUUUACAGACCGCCGCCAUAUAGCUGGAAUAUUGCUGAGUGCGGCAUCAAACAACAAACUUACCAACCAACCAUCAACAGUCAGGAAUAUUGCAGCGGCCAGCAAAAAAUUACCGACAAACUAGUGGUUGAUAUUUUUGCGCAAAAUCCCUUUUUGAAAAGAAUGAUUUGCUGCAGAACGUUUCGGGGAAAAAUAUCAGAGUGACAGAGAGAAAGAAAUCAAUUUUUGCUGCGAUGCUAGGUGUACUGAAAAACAUGUGACGUGAGAAAUAGAAUGUCCGCCAGAUUGUUAUAUUAUCGGUGCCUUAGAAAUUCUUUGUAAUUACAAAUUGAAUUAAUUAAUUGAAAAUGCAUUAGAUCAUCAUUUUUAUAUCAAUAUAGAAACAUAUUCGUAAUAUGUAGUGGUAAGUAAUUUUUUUGUAACGACCCUACUACAUACCAAACGGAAGCAUGUUCUAAGCUCAUACAACGCAUGUCUGUGAAGUCUGUGUAAACUUCUUAACCCCUUAGCAGUGUGAUUUUCUCUAUUCGAUCCAGAGUUAGUAAAUUCUAUUAGACGGGCUGUCUGAUUUAACAAGAGGAACUUUACUAAAAACACAAUUCAAAAGUUUCGAAAGUGCGAGGAACGUUCAAAUAGUUCUGCAAUCCAUGUACAAAUUUGAGGAAUCCAAUAUAUGAUGGCAAUCUUUUUCAAUGGAUUUGGUCUAUUUGGCUUUCAGUCUUGUCGCGCAGGGCCAUUUGAAACAAAUUAGGUAGAUACGGAAGAACCCACUCCUGAAUUCUUAAGGGGUUACCUUAGGAUCGAGUGAGUGAGUAUGGUUUUACGCCGCUUUUAGCAAUAUUCCAGCAAUAUCACGGCGGGCGACACCAGAAAUGGGCUUCACACAUUGUACCCUUGUCGGGAAUCGAACCCGGGUCUUCGGCGUGACGAGCGAACGCUUUAACCACGAGCCUACCCGACCGCCCCACCUAAGGGUCGAAAAAGAGAAUAUGACUGUAGAUCAUAGUGAUACAAAAAGAUUUCACAGCAAUAUUUGUCAUGUUGUACUUGUUUCUAUUAAUAAAACGUUGUUUCAUACUU